AUGGGCCAAACCAAGGCCCAGCAUGUGGGUCUGGAUGGACAUGUGCGAGCCUACUCUGACAUGAAGGAGGCCAACUGGAAAGAUUCAGACAAAUACUUCCAUGCUAGAGGGAACCAUGAUGCAGCCCAAAGGGGUCCUGGGGAGUCUGAGCUGCUGAACACCAUGAGGCUCGCCACAAUCCUUGUCUUUUGCUCUUUAUUCGCGGGAGUCAGUGGUGAUGGCUGGUAUUCGUUCUUCAAGGAAGCCAUACAAGGCACUUGGGACUUGUGGAGACCUUAUCGGGACAAUCUAGAAGCCAAUUACCAAAAUUCAGACAGAUACUUCUCUGCUCGGGGCAACUUUGAGGUCCAACAAAGAGGAGCUGGCGGCGUCUGGGCUGCUAAAAUAAUCAGCACCAGCAGGAAAUACUUUCAGGGUCUCCUAAACCGGUAUUAUUUUGGAAUGAAGGACCAUGGAUUGGAAAGCCUGGAAUCUACCCGGAAAGCUGAGGAAUGGGGUCGAAGUGGCAAAAACCCUAAUCGCUUCAGACCCCAGGGCCUGCCUGAGAAGUUCUGAGCGUGCUACACA